AUCAUUUGGGUCCAUUACUCUGAAUGAGUGAUGGUUUUAUUAAUUUAUCCUUAUUUUCAGGAUAACACGCUUGUCUGAAUGAGCAUAAUUAAUUUUCAAUGAUCUGUAGCUGUUUGGAAAAAGUCCUCUGGGUAACAAUAUAACAAGCUUCUUCAACUCCACAGAUUUACUUUCUAUGAUUGACUUUCUUCUUCUUCUUCUUCACAAACAAAGCUCAUUAGAAGACCAUAUUUCCAGUCCUUGAAGAAGCUAUGACAAAAAGCAAAAUUUUCAGUCACUUCACUUUGUUGUCGAUCCUUGUAAUCUACACUUGGUUUCUAAAGGGAGUAACCUCUGAAGAUUACAUAGUUGGUGAUGGUGAUGAAUGGAACAGCCAAGGCAACUUUCUAACUUGGUCGACAAAGUACAACUUCACUGUCGGUGAUGUUCUUGUUUUCAAGUACGUAAAGGGGCAACACGAUGCAUAUGAGGUAGAUGAGAAAACGUUUCGAUCAUGUGAUGCGAGCAGUGGCGUGUUGGCAAAGUAUGAGAGUGGAAAUGAUAAAGUCAAACUCACUGAAGCCAAGAAGUAUUGGUUCAUAUGUAAUGUAUCAGGCCAUUGUUUUGGUGGAAUGAGAUUCAGCAUUGAUGUUAAACAAGCUAAUGAUCCCUCUUCAGAUGAUACCAAUCCCACCACAGAUGGUUCUCCUACUUCUCAACCUGAUGAGCUGCCAGCAGUUCCACCUACCAGCUCUAGUAGAAGCACUUUGUCCAGUGAAAGUUGGAAAAAUGGGAUUUACACUUUGGUAUUUGGGAUCUUAUUCAGAUUUUGUUGCUAAUGAAAUUAGCCAAGUUUUCUUUGUAAUUGUAGUGCAUAGUAACAUUCUUUCUAGUCUUUAUAAAACCACCACUGACCUGUAGUUUCUCAAGAGUUGUAGACACUGGUUAAGAGGUUUGUUUAUGAAGGUGGAAAACUAUGUAUUUGCUACAUAUCUAUAUACAAAAAACACACAUAUAUCUUCAUUAUUGGUAUGUCUGAAAUCAAUCUUUGAGUAA